AUGACCUGUGUGGGUCACUGCCUGGUGCUUUGUUUAGUCUUGAAUCUUUCGUCUGCACUUGAUCUUCAAGAAAGAUCUCAGAGAGUCUGUAAAGCGUAUGGAUAUCAAGUGAUAGAUGCAAAAUUUGGCAAGGAAGCAUACAUCCUCUGUCUGAAACUUGAACCAAUAGGGAAAUCUCUACUUGUUUCGGACUCGUCAGUUCUGCUAUUGGACCCUAAAGCAAAUCUAGAAGGACAACCGCACAAACAUUACCCCCUAAAUGACGUGAUGAUGGCGUAUGGUUUUCCUGUUGAUAACCCAGGGUCAGGAUCCGCAGAAGGAUACAUAGGGGAGGACCAUCAAUUCUACGGUGUUUUGCAUCUAAGAAACAAAACACUGUUUGCUGAUCCUUAUGGCCGGGAUGACGUUAAAAAGCAUUUCGGACCAUUUGAAAACGAACUCCUGACUGCAAUGCGACUCCCACGUAAAGAAUCUUCGAUUCCGUCACAUUUCUCCCACUUGGGUUCGUACCGACCAUAUAACCCUGCAGAUAAGAUGAAUGGCGUCAGUCCGGCGAGGAUUUGUAAUCUGCUACUCUUAGCUGACAAGGAAUUUUAUGAAAAGGACGCGAACUCAAGCCUUAAGCACGCUAUUCGUAGAAUGAUGCAUGCAGUCGCCCAAGCAGACAUCAUCUUCCGGAACACUGACUUCAACGAAGACGGCGUACCAGAUAAUAUGGGUUUCGCUGUAAAAUAUAUCCUCGUGCUGACAUCUAACGAGACAAACACGGGUGUAUUUGGUGAUCUAUUAAGCGAGAGAUCUGUGGAUGGACGCGCCUAUUUGAUGCGUUUUGCAAGGCUCCGCCGGCUUUCCGAGGUUUGCCUGGGCGUUGCUUUCUCUGGACAUGCAUUUCAAAAUAGGACUUUGGGUUUAAGCUUCACGCCUCUGGGAGGUGGGAUGGGGGGAGCAGCGGGUGGUGUGUGUGAUAGACGGGCAUCAGGUAGAUCUUUCAACACCCUGGCUCUAGCGCACGGGACUGCAGAGGAAGCCGAGAGAGUACCAGAACGUAUAGCAGCCUCAACACUGGCGCACGAGUUGGGUCACAGUUUUGGAGCACACCACGAUGACAACUUCCCUAAUCCCGAAUGCAAGGGCUUCCUGAUGGGAUCUCAGUCCUCCACUUCGCAAACUUCGCAUAACUAUGAAUUUUCCAUAUGCAGCAAGCGACUCAUCGCUGCUACUUUGAACAGCAUGGGCUAUUGCCUCGAGACAGUCCACAGACCUUAUUGUGGAAACGGUGUAGUGGAAGCAGGUGAGGCGUGUGAUUGCGGGCUACCUUUGCAUUGUAAGAAUCGAGAUCCCUGUUGCACUCCAAGGGCAGGAGGAUCGAUUGCUUUGGAAGAGGGUGCUCUACACAGGGAGGGUUGCCAAGUGGCUCCUAAAGUUAGUUGUCAUCCAUCGCAGGGCCUCUGCUGCAACGCUGACUGCAAGUUCGCUAAUCUCACUAAUCGAGGAAUUGACUGCACGCGUCAGAAUGAGAAAUGCACGUGUCCCGAUCUAAGCAAGUGUGCGUGUGGCUUGGGCGGGCGAUGUCUGCCGGACGGAACAUGCCACGCCGCAGAAUGCGCCACUCUGGGAUUACGUGAAUGCACAAUUCCCAGGGAAAAGGGUGCAACGUUCCAAAGAAUGAACGUGUGCGGAACGAGCUGUCGGGUCCACUAUAAAUCCCUCGUCAUGUGCGUAGGCGCUGAAGUAGCGGCUCAGUUAGCGAUGAGAGAAAACCUUUUACCCGAAGAUUGGCCCGAUCCAACAUACGAUGGCCCAAAUGUUACGAUACACAUUAACAACAAUACAACGAGCACACAUAGAACGAUACGAGCCUGGCCAAGAGGGGAUGUUUGUGUGACAGAAAAUUUUGUCGGUGUUUGCUCACCACUUGGCAUUUGCCUAAAAGUGAAGCAUUUGCCAACUUCCAACAUCUUUCCGGACAUAAUGGUAAAUGGUUAA